AGUUGAGGGGUAAUUACGUAACAUUCGAGAGAGAACAGACUUUCAGUUUCCUAACAGACAAAGGCACACGCUAUACAGCCAACACCCGAAGGGGAAAACAUGACCAAAUAACCAAUAACCUCCCCUUUUCUCUCUCUAGGCCACUCUCACUAGUUCACUAGUUCACUAGUUCGUUGGCCCCGAAGAGAAAAUGGAAGACGAGGCACAGAAAAUGGUGGCUGUGAAGAAGGCGUACGCGGAGAUUAUUCUGAACACAGCGAAGGAGGCAGCGGCGAGAGUAAUGGCGUCGGAGCACAAAGCUCUUCGCUUUCAGCACGAUCUGCGUUCUACCAAAGAUGAGUCGCUUCGCGUGCUUCUCCGCUUAAAGCAAAUGAUCGAUUCCAAGACAAGUGAAGCAGAGAUAACAUCCUCGAGCCAACAAAGAAGGAUUGAUGAGCUUGAAGCACAGCUCCAAGAGGCAGAGGAUAUCAUAACUGAUUUGAGAUCAGAGUUGAAACAAGUAUGGAGUGAAUUGGAGAGGGUAAAUAGCAACCAAGUGAAGCCUUUGGAUAGACAAAUCACAAGGGAAGACGCAUCAUUUUCAGAAAGUCCAACACCUGAGCCCAUCUUACUCUCUUGUCUAGGUUCAGGACAUGAAAUUGUUCCAACUUCUGGCCUGGACAACAUCCCAGUGAGUAGAGGUAUUGACCAUAAAUGCUGUAAUGAAAUGAAACAAAGUGAGCAGUUGAGUGUUUCUGAUUUGGAUAAAUUUUACGCCCCUGACUCUGACCUUGCGUCAAUAAUCAUGGGAAGUAAGGAGCCUGAGCUGCUCAGAAAUGGUUGUACACAAAGAAUUCGUGCUUUUGAAAGAAAUUUACUUGAUGAAAAGGUGCUGCCUUCUGGAUAUGUAGACAAUCACAUUUCCCACGGGAAGAAUGAGUUGGGCACCAAAGCAAGUGACAAGGAGGAAGGAAACUGUAAUUCCCCCUCUAGUAGGGACAACAGCAUGGAAGUAAUUAAUAACCCAUGUGUGGGAGAAACCAAAAAGCCUUCUAAAGUCCGCACAUUAAGAAGACGAAAGACUCGAUUUGGGAAAGCCAAAACCUCGCGCCAAUAUUGCCCUAGUGAGCUCAUGAAAUCUCGGCAACCAACUUCAGUCAAUGAAAAUGAUAGGUCCCAUGAAGAGGCAUGCAUCCAACCCUCUGUCAAAGCUGGCAAUGUAGACAUGACAAGAACUCCCAGUGGGUUGGAAGAAAGUUUGCAGCACAGUAACCGUUAUUAUAUGGACGAAGUUAAGACCAUUCGGAAGGGAAAAAGAAAAAGGAAAAUGAAUAGUAAGAAUGGCAUUACUACCUCAACUGGUCUGCUUACGAAACCUGAUCAGCCGUCUUCUGUUCUUUCACGCUGCAGGACUUUUGCCUAUUUAGGUAAUGGUGGUGUUAAAUCAUACGAAGAUCGACCAAACACGACCCAGAAUGAGGCAAGGAUGAAGGCAUUUCCCCGUCUGGAUCAUGGGUUGACGUUAAUUGAUAUGGAUCCUAUAUCAAGGUCAACAAGUGUUACUGUGAGUAUGAAGGAGAUUAAUGAAGCUGAAGCUGGCGAGAAUGCUGCAGACAAGGACAUGGGGUUGAUAGAUGUGCCUGUGUUGAUAGUGCAGGAAAAUGAUAUUGUGGAGAAUUCAGAGGCUCCAAGUUCUGAAUUUGACCAUGCUACUGCUGAUCUAUCAUUGAUGAAUUCUGAACUAAAAGAUGUGAAUGGAUCAUUGAUGAAUUCUGAAUUAAAAGAUGUGAGAGUAUCAUUAAUGAAUUCUGAAUUAAAAGACGUGAAAGCAUCAGAACAAUCAAAUAGAUCUCCUAGUUGUGCAGACAAUGGUAGACUUCUCAAAUACACUUUCCAGAGGAAGCGCAAGAAUUCCUCAAGAAACCCUGGUCAAAAAUCUUCUUUUGAAGGGAGCACUUCUAAGAGGAGGAUGGAAGAGAACGAAUGCAUUGCACAAGAGCCGCAGAUGAUGAACGAAUCUUCUAGGGACAACCGGCGACUGGCUCAGGUUGCUCGACAGCUCAUAUCCUUGUCUGGGAAAAAAUGGUCUUAACAAUGAUGGCUUCUGCUAUCCGACGAGUGUUAAGUUGGAUAAGAUGGGUCAUCAGAACUGAUUUUUGAGAGAUGAUUUUCCAUAGAAAUUGGACGAGCAGAUGGCUGCAUUGCAUCAGGGGAGAGAGUGAGUGAGAGAGAAAUUUAUAACUCUGCAGUAGUAAAAUCCAAAAAUUGUUAGUUUUAAUUACAUAAUGAUAUUUUAUCUUACAAUCU